GCGGGAAUGAGGUAAAGGCGGGCGGGGCGCGCGGCAGGAAGCGGCGAGCGGAGCGCGGCGACCGGGCCCAUGGCGGACACCGUGGAAGCUCAUGAGGAGCAUGAUAAUUCUACUGAAAAUGCAGAUGAUUCUAACCACGACCCUCAGUUUGAGCCCAUAGUUUCCCUUCCAGAGCAAGAAAUUAAAACUCUGGAAGAGGAUGAGGAAGAGCUUUUUAAGAUGCGAGCAAAGCUCUUCAGGUUUGCAUCUGAGAAUGACCUUCCAGAAUGGAAAGAACGAGGAACUGGUGAUGUGAAACUCCUGAAACACAAGGAGAAGGGAACAAUUCGCCUCCUUAUGCGAAGGGAUAAAACCCUAAAAAUCUGUGCAAACCAUUACAUCACACCGUUGAUGGAGCUGAAGCCUAAUGCUGGGAGUGACAGGGCAUGGGUCUGGAACACACACGCUGACUUUGCAGAUGAAUGCCCCAAGCCCGAACUUCUGGCAAUCCGAUUUCUAAAUGCAGAGAAUGCACAGAAAUUCAAGGCAAAAUUUGAAGAAUGCAGGAAUGAAGUAGGCAAGACAGUAAAGAAAGCAGGCACAGACAAAAAUGAUAGUGCUGAUAAAGUUGCUGAGAAACUAGAAGAGCUUUCUGUAAAGGAAGAGAGCAGAGAAUCUGAGAAGAAAGAGACCAAGGAAAAAACUGAAGAAAAGCAAUAAAAUCAUCCUGGGCCUUGCAGUUUUUCCUUUA